AUGGCUGAUAGUUCAACGAUUCUUCGUAUUUUGAGAGAACUAUCUGAAGAUGAGAGUGGUGAAGAAAGUGGUACGGAAGUUGAAGAUAUUGUAGAUGAUAGUGAUGAGGAUCCGGACUAUGUUCCUAAUACACAUAAUUUUCAAACCGAAGAAGAGAUUAGUCAAGUAAUUAGAGAGAUAGAAACCCGUCCAAUACCUUCAUUAAAAUCUAGGAAGAGAAAAAUUAACUCUACAUCUAAAACAGAUAGUAAUAAUGGAGAAAAUGAUAGAGAAACUGAUCAAAAUAAACAUAUAAUAACCAUUUCAAAUACCUCGGAAAUUGUGGGUAAAAACGGAUUUGUGUGGAAAACUGAGUGCAAUCAUUUUAGCGGAAAAGUUCCACAAAAAAAUAUUGUUCAUAUCCGACCUGGGCCUUCAUAUUUAGCAAAAUCUGCAAAUACUCCUAAAGAGUGUUUCAAACUUUUUUUCACAGACGAGUUAGUUAAUUUAGUACUUCUUUAUACUAACCAAGAAAUACAACGCCAAAGGGAAAACUAUAAAAAUAAAACUAGUGCAAAUCUAAGUGAUUUAACAUUGUUUGAACUUAAUGCUCUGUUUGGUAUUUUGAUUUUAGCUGCAGCAUUAAAAAAUAAUCAUUUGACUACGAAUUUACUUUUUGACAGUUCGUUUUGUGGCAAUAGAUAUCGUGCAACCAUGUCGGAGAAAAGAUUUUGUUUUCUAAUUAAUUGCCUUAGAUUCGAUGAUCGAACAACUCGUUUGCAACGUAAAAAUGAGACAAAAUUAGCACCGAUUUCAGUUGUAUGGGAUAUUUUAAUGAUCAACUGUAAAAAUAAUUACAAGCCUAGUAGUUAUGUCACAAUUGAUGAACAGUUGGUCGGCUUUAGAGGACGAUGUCCUUUCAGAAUGUAUAUCCCUUCAAAACCUACAAGAUACGGAAUUAAAAUUGUUAUGAUGUGUGACAAUUCAACUAAGUAUGUCGUUGAUUCGAUUCCGUACUUGGGUAAAGGAACUGUACCAAACGGACAAGUUGCAGCUGAUUUCUAUGUUAAAAAUGUAAUUAAAUCUAUUAAAGGUUCUAAUCGUAACCUUACAAUGGACAAUUGGUUUUGCAAUGUACCACUUAUUCUAUCACUUUUACAUGACGAUAAGCUAACGGUUAUAGGAACAAUUAAAAAAAACAAAAGAGAACUUCCAACUCAGUUCACUGAUAUUAAAUUUCAAAAUAGAACUUCCGAUACAUCGUUUUUUCUAUUUCAUGAAGAUAUUACGGUUGUUUCUUACAAACCAAAUCAAAGUAAACUUGUGACAUUGAUUUCAUCGGCACAUCACGAUUCAUCGAUUGAUCCAACUACAAAAAAACCCGAGAUAGUAUUGAACUAUAAUUCUACCAAAGGUGGGGUGGAUUCAUUUGACCAGAUGACUAACAAUAUGAACUGCAGUCGCAUAACCAAACGUUGGCCUUUAUGUUUUUUUUAUAAUAUGUUAAAUAUAGCUAAUGUUAAUGCGUAUGUUAUUUACACUCAUAACUUUUACAAUAAAAAUAAAAACGAUGAAAAACCAAUGUCUAGAUUACAAUUUAUGUUAUCUUUACACAAAGAACUAACUAACGAAUGGCAACGACAUAGAUUGAGUCUUCCAAAAAUUAGCAGAGAACUUAGAACUAACAUCCAAGACGCGUUAGAAGAAAAGCAAGUACCAAUCAACGACAAACCCCAACAUGGUCCUCGAAAGUAUUGCGAUUAUUGUUCUUAUAAAAAAAGAAGACUCACAACCACAUACUGCAUUGAAUGCCAGAGACCAAUUUGUGGAGAGCAUCAAAAAAAAAAAAUGUCUGGAAUGUUAAUAAAUAAAUUUUUUUAUAGUUAG